UCCUGUGUCUCCUCUGCCUCUUCACCCCAGGCCUCUCCUGCCCACCAUGGCUCUCUGGAUCCGCUCGCUGCCUCUCCUGGCCCUCCUGGCCCUUUCCAGCCCUGGGGGCAGCCAGGCUGCUGUCAACCAGCACCUCUGCGGCUCCCACCUGGUGGAAGCUCUGUACCUGGUGUGUGGGGAGCGCGGCUUCUUCUACCAGCCCAAAGCCCGGCGGGAUGUCGAGCAGCCUCUAGUGAGUGGUCCCUUGCAUGGUGAGCUGGGAGAGCUGCCCUUCCAGCAGGAGGAGUUUGAGAAAGUGAAGAGAGGCAUCGUUGAGCAAUGCUGCCACAACACCUGCUCCCUCUACCAGCUGGAAAACUACUGCAAUUAG